AUGGCGGAUUUACAGUUUGCUGGAACUGAGGAGGAGAAUGCGGAGUUAAAGAAGCUGAACGCGGAGGUGCUUGAAGAUAUUGAUAAUUUUGAAAACUGGGAAAAGCUCGUUCGCGCUGCAGAGAGCCAGGAGGGUGGUAUUAACAGAAACUCAAGUCCUCAAGCGAUCACGACUACGAGGGAGAUUUACGAUAAAUUCUUGGCGAAGUUCCCAUUACUCUUCGGAUACUGGAAAAAGUAUGCGGAUUUGGAGUUUUCGAUCGCUGGCACUGAAGCUGCCGAGAUGGUCUACGAACGGGGUGUGGCGAGCAUUUCGAAUUCAGUAGACCUUUGGACCAACUAUUGCACCUUCAAAGUUGACACUACUCACGACCCGGAUGUCAUUCGAGAGCUUUUUGAACGGGGCUCAAACUGCGUGGGCUUAGACUUCCUAUCCCACCCAUUCUGGGACAAAUAUCUUCAAUUCGAAGAGAAUUUGGAGGCUGGUGAUAACAAGAUAUUCGGUAUUCUGUCCCGAAUUAUCCAAAUACCUAUGCAUCAGUAUGCAAGGUACUUUGAGACCUAUCGCCAUUUAGCGCAGGCUAGGCCGAUUAAUGAACUCGCCCCGCCCGAGGUUAUUGUCCAAUUCAGAGCAGAGGUUGAGAGUGCAGCUGCUGGCAUUCCUCCAGGAUCUAGAAGUGACGCAGAGACAGAAAGAGAUGUUCGAUUACGUGUAGACGGUUAUCAUUUGGAAAUAUUCACGAGAACACAGACAGAAACGACGAAACGAUGGACGUACGAGUCCGAAAUCAAGCGCCCCUAUUUUCACGUAACUGAACUCGAUGACGCACAGUUGAAUAACUGGAGAAAAUAUCUCGAUUUCGAAGAAUCGGAAGGUUCCUAUGCAAGAACCCAAUUCUUAUACGAAAGGUGUCUUGUCACUUGUGCUCAUUAUGAUGAAUUCUGGAUGCGCUAUGCUCGAUGGAUGUCUGGUCAAGAAGGAAAAGAGGAGGAAGUGCGAAAUAUUUAUCAGCGUGGCAGCACUAUAUAUGUCCCGAUAUCGAGACCAGCCAUUCGACUCCACUACGCAUAUUUUGAAGAGAUGUGCGGGCGGAUUGAUAUAGCGAAGGAUAUCCAUGGCGCGAUUCUGAUCUGUAUGCCUUGCCAUGUGGAAACGAUAGUUUCAUUUGCAAAUUUAUCACGUCGUCAUGGCGGCCUUGAGGCAGCAAUAGACGUCUACAAAUCGCAGAUUGAUUCGCCUCAGUGUGAUAUACAGACUAAAGCCGCUUUGGUUGCUGAGUGGGCGAAGCUUCUCUGGAAAGUCAAGGGUGUUCCAGAAGAGGCGCGGCAAGUUUUUAACAAGAACCAGCAUUGGUACCCAGACAGCCGCCCGUUCUGGAUGAGUUAUUUAGCAUUCGAACUCGAGCAGCCCACAAGCGCUGAAACGGAAGGUGCUCAGUAUGAAAAGGUUAAGCGGGUGAUUGAGGACGCUCGCUCGAAGCCUGGCUUGUCUCCUCAAGUUGCGAAAGAAUUAAUUCAAGUUUACAUGGUAUAUUUGCUUGAGAGAGGCUCAAAAGAUGCUGCAAAGGAAUAUAUGGCUUUCGACCGAGAGGUAAAUGGUCCUCAGUCGGUUCAGCUUGUUUUGAAAAACUCGGAUGCGCAAAAAGACCAGGCUUCUAAACCUCCUUCUGUCCAAAAUGGUGCCCAGACCCCCGCAGAAACAGGUGUACAGCCACCUGUUCAAUCAGCACCUCAACCUGCAGAUCCUGCUUUCAAUAAAUACUAUCAACCCCCACUUUCUUCAAAUGGACCUGCUACGGCUGCGAAGUACUAA